AUGCUUACACCUCCAUCAACUGUUGACAUAUUGCGUAGGUUACUAGUUCAUUCUGAUGGCCGUGAUAAAACUUUAAAAAUUAUCCAAUACUUUGGAAAAAUUAUUCUUUGGCUUCAGACUCGUAGGGCUCCCAAAUCGAUACAUGGCCGUCUACUUAAUGUCAUUACUUUACUCAUUCGAAAUAAAUCCUUCUCUUCAAAUGUUACUCCUCGCUUAAAAGCAAUGACUUCACAAUUUAGUACAACACGUAAAAUAAUUCGUUUAGCUCAUUUUCUAGAACCUUAUUCAGAGUUACGUGAAUAUUAUACAGGUGCACGUAGAAUCUCCCGUUCAUCAACUUCUUACGAAAAACUUGUUCAUUAUUUUGGUGCUCUCAAUGCAUUUCUUGGUCUAAUGAAUGAUAUAUUCGAUGAUUUAUAUUGUCUUGGUAAAAUUGAUAUUUUAGAUAAAUCAAUUGCUAAAUGGGCUGAGCCUAUUUCAAUUAAACUUUGGUUUUUCUGUAUUUGUUUGGAUAUCCACGAAACCUUAUUCAAAAUUUGGCAAAUGAAUAAGAAAAUUAAAAAAGUUAAUUCAGAGGAAUUAGAAAAGUAUCAACAGAGGUUACAUUGGUUAAAUAUUAGUUUAGCUAAAUUUUUUAUGGACUUUUUGUUUUGCGGAUACGAUUUCUUUGAUUUUACUUUCUCAGAUGGUGUGCAAGCACUUUCUGGGUUCUUUGCUGGAAUCCUAAGUUUUUAUAAGCUUUGGGAAAAGGAAAACCAAAAGCUCAUGAUGCUUUCACAAUCUUCUUGA